UUUAUGUUUCCUGUAGGAGGGCAGCUUUGGUGUACCACGACCAAGGCCAUCUCAGAGGGUGAAGAGCUGAUUGCCUUUGUUGUAGAUUUUGACUCAAGGCUGCAAGCUGCUAGUCAGAUGACUCUCACAGAAGGGAUGUAUCCUGCACGCCUGCUGGACUCAAUACAAUUGCUCCCUCAACAAGCUGCAAUGGCAUCUAUUUUGCCUACGGCUAUUGUGAACAAGGACAUAUUCCCUUGCAAAUCCUGUGGCAUUUGGUAUCGAAGCGAGCGGAACCUGCAGGCCCAUCUCAUGUAUUACUGCAGUGGGAGGCAGAGAGAGGGGCCUCAGCUCUCCGAGGAGAAUGAAGAUAGUGCUCAGCAGAUAUCCAGUGUCUGCCCCUUCCCACAGUGUACCAAAAGUUUUUCUAAUGCAAGAGCUCUGGAAAUGCACCUAAAUUCUCACAGUGGUGUGAAAAUGGAAGAAUUUCUCCCACCCGGUGCUAGUCUGAAAUGCACAGUUUGUACUUACACUGCAGACUCAGUGAUUAACUUUCAUCAGCACUUGUUCUCACAUCUUACUCAAGCUGCCUUUAGAUGCAAUCACUGCCAUUUUGGCUUCCAAACUCAGAGGGAGCUACUGCAGCAUCAAGAGUUACAUGUCUCUGGCAACAAAAUUCAGAGGGAAAGUGACAUUGAACACUCUCCGAGUGGAAACGAAGAAGGUUUGCAGCCAGCAACGGACCUGUUGGGCAGAAAUGAUGUUCCCCAGAGCCAAAAAACCAUGCAGACUAAAGAUGCAAGUUCUGAUACAGAGCUUGAUAAAUGUGAAAAAAAGGCUCCACUUUUCCUUCCAAACCAGAGGCCAGAAACCCAACCUGCAACAAAUAAGCAGAGUUUUUCAUACACUAAAAUAAAAUCUGAACCGUCCAGUCCAAGACUUGCUUCAUCGCCGGUUCAGCCUAAUAUUGGUCCUUCUUUCCCAAUGGGACCUUUUCUUUCCCAGUUUGCUUUUCCCCAAGACAUCACUGUGGUUCCUCAGGCUUCAGAGAUACUAGCCAAAAUGUCCGAACUGGUCCAUCGAAGACUGAGACAUGGAAGUAGCAACUAUCCGCCUGUAAUUUACAGUCCUUUGAUGCCCAAAGGGGCUACAUGUUUUGAGUGUAACAUAACAUUCAAUAAUUUGGACAACUACUUGGUACACAAAAAGCAUUACUGCAGCAGCCGAUGGCAGCAGAUGGCAAAGUCACCAGAUUUUUCCAGUGUUCCAGAAAAAAUGCCAGAAGCUGCAAGUCCUAGUAAUGGUCAAAGCUCUAUAAACAUCCUGAAUGCAGCUCCUCACACGUCAGAUCCAGAAAAUCAGAUUCUGCAAGCGUCUUGCCUAAACUCCUCCAGUGUUUUAGAUUUGAUCGGGCCGAACAAUAAAAGUCAUGAAAAAGACUUUACAGCACAAUCUAAGAAAUUAUCAGCUGCAAGCAACGGCGAUGAGAAGAUGAAUGGGAAAACUUCUGAUGUGAAGAAUCCCAGUGCUCCUUUAGGAGAAGGAGAGAGUGAUCCUAACAAGACCACGUGUGAAGCUUGCAAUAUUACUUUCAGCAGACAUGAGACGUACAUGGUCCACAAGCAGUACUACUGUGCCACCCGCCAUGAUCCCCCACUGAAGAGGUCCGCUUCCAACAAAGUGCCUGCCAUGCAGAGAACAAUGCGUACUCGGAAGCGGAGGAAGAUGUAUGAGAUGUGCCUGCCAGAGCAAGAGCAAAGGCCACUAGUUCAACAGCGAUUUCUAGAAGUGGCUAAUCUGGGCAAUCCUUGCACAUCUACUCAAGAGUCAGCGGAGGGCCUCGCAGAAUGUUACCAUCCACGGUGUGAUAUCUUCCCAGGAAUAGUCUCAAAGCAUCUGGAAACAUCACUGUCUAUUAACAAGUGCGUUCCAGUUUCAAAGUGUGAUACUCCCCACUCCACUGUGUCUUGCUUGGAAAUGGAUGUGCCAAUAGAUCUCAGUAAAAAAUGCUUACCUCCGUCAGAGAGGACAUCCGCUUCUCCCAAAAGGCUGCUGGACUACCAUGAAUGCACAGUAUGCAAGAUCAGUUUUAACAAGGUAGAGAACUACCUGGCUCACAAGCAGAAUUUUUGCCCCGUCACUGCCCAUCAGCGUAACGACCUGGGACAACUUGACAGUAAGGUGUUUCAAAACCCAGAGAGUGAACGAAACAGCCCAGAUGUCAGUUACGAAAGAAGCAUAAUCAAAUGUGAGAAAAAUGGAAACUCGAAACAGUCCUCUCCUAAUGGAAACUUAUUUUCCACACACUUAGCAACACUUCAAGGACUAAAAGUCUUUAGCGAAGCGGCCCAGCUUAUUGCUACGAAAGAAGAGAACAAACAUUUGUUUCUUCCACAAUGCCUUUACCCUGGAGCAAUAAAGAAAGCUAAAGGAGCAGAUCAGCUUUCUCCAUAUUAUGGAAUAAAGCCAAGUGAUUACAUUUCUGGUUCUCUCGUCAUUCAUAAUACUGAUUUAGAUCAAAGCACAAAUACAGAAAGCGAAUCUCCUAAAGGCCAGGCACCUCCAAAUGGGUGUGCUAUACAGAAGAAAGAGUCUCUUCCACUAUUGCCAAAAAACCGAGGCAUGGUGAUAGUUAACGGGGGACUGAAACAAGAGGAAAGACCUGCUGCAAACCCACAGCAAGAGAACAUUUCUCAGAAUCCUCUGCAUGAAGAUGGGCACAAGUCUCCAUCUUGGAUCUCUGAGAAUCCUUUAACUGCGAAUGAAAAUGUCUCUCCGGCAAUUCCUACGGCAGAGGAACAGUUGUCUAGUAUAGCUAAAGGCGUGAAUGGUUCUACCCAGGCCCCAACCAGUGGGAAGUACUGCCGACUGUGUGACAUCCAGUUCAACAACCUUUCAAACUUUAUAACGCAUAAGAAGUUUUAUUGCUCGUCACACGCAGCAGAACACGUCAAAUGAAACAGUCGCUCACCUUUGGUACCUGUGUUUAGCAUAUUGUUCCAUACAGUCUGAGGAAAGCUGUUUGAAUUACAUCUGGACAAUCAGGAGAUUUCACUAUUGCUGAGUUGAAGACUUAAAGGUGUAAUUUCAUUACAGUCCAUUAGUAAAGUGUAUUAUUGGUGCCAUUUUCAAAAAUAUUAAUUUAUUUUACCAGCAGUAUUCAUAGCUGUAGUUAUGUUUUAUUUUUUAUUUAAAAACUUUAUAUUAAAGUCAUUUGUAAUGUUAUUGUAUAGUUAUUGUGUAGCACAUAUGGUUUGCACUGUAUAGUAGAUUUUAAAGAAAAUAGUCGCAAACAAUACAGAAAAGCAUUUUAGAAAUAGCUUCAAAAGCACUUGUGUAUCCUGAUUUUUUUUCCUUAUAUGCUGUUACAGGUACAAGUGUAUGCUAAAAUAUAACUUGCAAGGAAGUUUCAACUAUGCUGUAAAGUUCGCCUUAAAAUUUCAAUUUUUUGAACAAUUGGGCUCAGUUUGCACUUUAUAUUUUAGCAGAUACAGUACCUUAGUCAUUAGGCUUUGCAUUUGUAUGUAGCAGUAUGUUUCUGUCCACUUUCUUAAUCUGAAACGUACGUUAAAUGAAGAUGGCAAUUUUUUUCUUGUAUAGUACUUGUAUUUUCUUUUGCUGAUGCAUCUCUUGUCUCAAUUUUUAAACCUUUGCUGUUAAAUGCAAUACUUUAUAAAGAAUGAACAAAAUUACUGGAAGCAGUAUUGUAAGUAAUGAGGUCAUAUCAAUCAGUUUUAUCUUUUGAAAGGCACAGUCUAAAACAAAACCCUAAACUCAAUGCUGCAAUUAUGAAUCUAAUUCAUAUAUAAGAUAUAUUUAAAUAUAAGAGUAGCAAUACUGCAACUGGUGAUCACAAAGAUAAUGUUCUACUUCUGAUAGAAAUAAUUUCUCAACAAAUGUUGUUACUAUGCAUGUAUAUGGAUGGAAUAAAAUUCCAGAUAAUUGGAGAA